ACAACUUUUGAAGGUUAAGUAGAAAUGGCGAAUCGAAUCAUCUCUGUUUCGUUUUCAUUUACAGUGAUUUACAGCACCGCAACACGUGAGUCCACACUUGCGUACACUUGUUGGUCUCGAACGAGAGAAUGAAGUGCAUCACUCCGGAAAUCUCGUGGCAUAAUCGCGACCCGGUGCUAAGCGUCGAUGUACAGAAUGGCUUGUAUGAAAAUUCGAAAGGAGAGACGUUUUGGAGAGUGGCGACCGGAGGAGCGGACUGCCACGUUCUGAUUUGGCACUUGACAACAACCAAUUGUGGUGGAGCUACUGCAACUUUUGCAGUGGAUUUGGAUCGUCAUCAGAAGGCAGUUAAUGUUGUAAGAUUUUCACCUUCAAAGGAAAUUUUAGCAUCAGGAGAUGAUGAGUCAGUCAUUAUUUUGUGGAAAGUAAAGGAGGGACGAGACUUCUCUCCACCUUUGGAUGAUAAUGAAAAUAAAGAACAGUGGACUUCUUGGAAAGUACUGAGGGGCCACAUUGAAGAUAUUUAUGAUAUUAGCUGGUCACCAGACUCCAAUUCCUUAAUUUCUGGAUCUGUUGAUAAUACUGCUAUACUGUGGGAUAUCCAAAAAGGUCGUAAAACUGCGAUAUUACAGGAUCACAAAGGUUUUGUGCAAGGGGUGUCUUGGGAUCCUUGCAAUCAAUAUGUGUGCACUAUCAGUACAGACAGACACUGCCGUUUAAUAAAUAUUGCUACAAAGAAAGUUGUUCAGCGUGUUUAUAAAUCCAAAAUUCCAAUGCCACCUGGCAGCACUUUGGCGGGAAAGCUCGUGCGAUUGUUUUACGACGACACCUUCAAAUCUUUCUUUCGUAGGCUGACUUUCUCGAUAGAUGGAUCCCUGAUUUUUGUUCCGUCUGGAAUAAUUGAGUUGCAAGAAACCACAGAGACUAUAUCAAAUGCAAUAAUUGUUUUUUCUAGAGAAGAUAUGAGAGAACCAAUAAUGAUAUUUCCUACUUUAAAUGAAUGUACUAUAGCAGUACGCUGUUGCCCUGUAUAUUUUGAAUUACGAAAAGAUGGUCCAACUGCAUUGGUACCGCUACCCUAUAGAAUGGUACUUGCUGUUGCAACACAAAGUUCUAUAUUACUUUACGAUACGCAACAGACCUCUCCGAUCGGUGUAGUAUCACUCAUUCAUUAUGGUAGAUUGAAUGAUCUUUCAUGGUCUAGCGAUGGCCAAAUUUUAAUCGUGUCUUCGAGCGAUGGCUAUUGUUCCAUAAUACAUUUUGAAGAAGGCGAAUUAGGUAAAAUUUAUAAAAUGAAAGACUCUGUACAAGAGAUUGAAAUAGUAAAGAAAACAUCAAAAAAUUUUGGCAAAACUUCAAAUUCUAUGAUCAAAAACAAAGACAAUAAUCUUGUUUUCGAUGUGGAUGAUUGUGCAAUGGACAUUGAACUUGUGAAAAGUAACACAAAUGACAAUGUGGCAAAUCAUGGAUCUGAAGAACUUACUGCACAAAAAUCGGACAAGGCCGAGGAAAUAAAUAAUCAAAAUAUUAGAUUAGAAGAUAAUUUGCAAGUAGAUAAGAAAUCGGAAGAAGAAACAGAAGAUAUUCAGUUGGUGUACAAUGAAGAAAACAGUACUGAUACAAGCAAGACUAGAACUAGAAAUACGCCACAAAAAUCUGAUGUUGCUUCUAUUGUAUGCAACAAAACCCCUAGAAGAGUAAAAUUAAUUACUUUAUCAAGUCCAAAGGGACUUAAGAAACAGUAGCUUAUAAAAAAUAAACUUGUAAGAUUUACAGUAUAGCUUUUAAUUAUGUAAUUUAUAAUGUAUGAUAUCGGCUAGAGCAUAAAACCGAUCGUUCAUGAUAAAUAUAAGAUUAAGAAAUAUAGAUUUAUAAUUAUAAA